AUGGCGCCAGUUCCGCCCAGCGACCACGACGUUGUUGAAAAGCAACUCAAAGACAUAAUCCAAGACCUCUACCAAACCAUGGUCCAAGUCCACUCCUACGACCCUUCCUCCUCCAAACCCUCAGACGAAGUCCUCAAAUACACCGUCGACCUCAUCGAAGACCACCUCUGCAAGCUCUACGACUCGGUCACGCCGACCUCGUCGGGCCCCGGCCGCAAAGUCACACUCCCUGAUGUCCCGCCCGAGCUGAUCGCGUACGUGGACGGUGGGCGCAAUCCGGAUAUCUAUACGAGAGAGUUUGUGGAGGUCGCGCGGCGCAAUAAUCAGCUCGUGAAGGGGAAGAUGGAGGCGUUUGGGAGCAUGAGGGAUACGCUUGCGAGGGAGAUGGAGAGGGGGGUUGGGGAGCUGAGGGGGGAUGUUGAGAGGGUUUUGGAGGGGACGGGGGGGAGGAAGAGCUGA